AUGUAUAGGGAUUAUUGGUACGUCGCGUUGCCCGUCCACAUGACCACCUCUGCAAUAUGGUUUGGAAGUUUCUACUAUGCAGUAAGAAGUGGUGUAGAUGUUAUAAGUUUGUUAGAAUAUUUUAAUGUCAGCGAGAAAAUAGUAUCACCUCUGAGAGAUUCAAGUGCUGGAUACUUUGCUCUUGCAUUUGCAUUAUAUAAACUGGCAACACCAUUAAGAUAUGCUGUAACUAUUGGUGGUACUACAUAUGCUAUUAGAAAACUACAAGUUUUGGGCUGGAUUAAACCUGUGCCAUCAAGAGAACAAAUUAAGGAAAUGAUUCAGGAAAAAAAAGAGAAUUUUCAAGGCCGAAUCCAUGAAAGCAAACAACAUUAUCAAAUUCAAAUAAAAGAAAAAGGGACACAAGUUAUGGAAGAAAUGAAAAGAUAUAAGUCAGAAAUCCGCAGUAUUAAAAGUAAAGUGAAAAAGAUG